CUUGAAUCAGCUGAUCGAGGAUAAUAUGUUGUCAGUUUGAAUGCCUCCUCCGAAUAAUUCUACUCCCGAAUCCCGAGUCUCCACCAAAGUAGCGGCACUGGAACCAACGAGCGAGGGUGAUAAGAUUCUCAGAGUAGAGAACCAUGGAGAACUCGCUUAUAAAGUCCAUGGAGGAAGCAUCGAGGCAGGACGGCGUGGUGGCCGUGGUUUGCGCCGAUAACGAUGGGUUUCCUGUACAAGUGAGAGGAAAAGUUCCUUCCCAAGCUGCCGGAGUCAUAACACAGAUGUGCGAACUGGCGAAACAGCUCGAUAUGCGAAGCACACCGACGAUUCAAUUGGAAACAGAAAAACUGAACGUAUUCAUCCAGAAGAAAGAUAUGGCCACCGUCGCUGUUUACAAACAGAAAGAAUGAGAGUAGCUCCCGAGGGGGGACUAUGUGAUCUGUGUAAUAAAGCCGUUAUUUUU